ACCGUGCGGGCGCGAGCGCGAGCGCGAGCGCGAGCGCGGGCGCGCGCGCAACGAGAACGAGAACGAGUUGAGGAUUGUGUGCCUUCGAGGGUAGCAGAUUUCAGUCAGCAGUCAGAAAAAGAAGCGAGAGAAAGAAGCAAAAGGAAGGGAGAUCCUUUCGACGGACGAUCGCUCCAAGAGCUGGCAAGAUCGACCGCGCCGAUCGUCGAUCGUGGCCAAACCGACUUUGGACUUUGCGCUUGGUGUCGCACAAUUUGCCCCUGAAGAUCAUCGUUCCGUUUCUUAUCGCUCGUACGGCCACUCGGACAAGUUAAAAAACAAACCACGAAGGAGGACCACGCGCGGAUCUGGCGCGCGCGCGCGCGCGCGCGUAUCGCGAGGCCUUCCAUGCGACUGGAUGUGUACGCGCAUAUCGGCAACUCACGUCCCGGUCAGCGAGAAAAACAGUGCGAGAUUAUACAUUUGUAUAUCGCGGUGUUGCAGUUGAUCGCCGCAAUAGUGAGAAAAAUCGAAACGGAGAUCGGAUCGAACCGCUUGCGAAAGCGCGCGCGCGCGCGCGCGUGCGUGCGUGCGUGCGUGCGUGCGGCCCAGCGCGAGGGAGCGCCUGAGAGCGCGCGUUCACCGUUCAAAAUUCAAAGCGCUCGCUCGCUCGAACGAGGCGGAUGAUUUUUGCUUUCGUGCGCGUCGCGCGUCACGCGUCGCUUUCCCGACGCGAAAUGCAUCGUUACUGACGACGAGCUGACGCGGCGACGGCGACGCGACGUGACGUGACGACAAGUACGACGAGUGACCGACCCGUUGUAUAACCCCGGGGACAACCCGUCGGGGAUUUCGCGGCGACCUGCCGAGUCGAGUUUUCUCUCCCCGGAUAUUCGACGGAAGUGUCCAAUCCGUUGUCCUGUCCGUUGCACUUGUUGAUGCGCGGCGCACGGACUGCGCGCGGCACGUCUGCGUUUCGAAGGCAUCAGCCAAGGCCGAUGAGGAAGCAUCGGCUCGCUUAGCGAGCGGCGCACAAAUCGCGCUCACGGAAGGUCAAGAGGAACAUCGAGGAGCGAUGAUUAGCGCACCUCGGGGUCGAGGUUCGCGCGGAAGCUGAUUCUCGCCGGUCGCGGUCCACGUCGGCAAGCCGGUUAUUAUGUUAGGAACAGGAUUAUGCGCCUUGCUGAAGGUGUUGGUGCUGGCGGGGGUGGUCGCCGCGUUCCUGCCGGACGAUGACGAGAACAUCGUGCUGGACAGCCUCGAGGAGGAAUGCGCCUCCAAAUGUCCGGACCUCACUCAGAAUCGAACGGACGACGCGAGCUCGGAGGUCGAAUGUGGAGUGAGGUGCAAGAUCGAACAGUGUAUGAAAGGCUGCGAUGCGUGGCAACAAGCGCUCGACACAAGCUGCCAAGCUGUUUGCAAUGGAACUCAGGAACGGCUGCCGCCGAAGGAAUUGUACUGUGUUCUAGGCUGCAACGAUGCGCUAAAUCGUUACUUCCAGCAGCUCAGAGCGGAGAUCGGCACUCCACCGGCACCGGCGUUGGUCGCGGACUCAUUGACCGCGACGUCCCUCAGCCUCGAAUGGAAGGGCGUGGAUAUAAAAAGACGCGCCGAAGGGAUCUCAUACUUGGUGCAAUGGAGAUACGAGGAGCUGGCCGAGACGUGGCAGUACUGCAGGAAUCAAACGUGGGGCGAAGGUGACCAGAUACUGGUCGAGAACCUGCAGCCGUAUACCAACUACAGGUUUCGCGUGGCGAUGUUCCUCAAGUCGUCGCAGCAUAAUCCGGAGCUGAUCGUCUCAGCGCCAAGCGUGGUAAUAUUGACGCGUGCGGAGGGCCUGCCGACUUCAGCACCGGUAAUUGUAAGAGCCGCUGCGGUAGACAGCUACCGCGUCUCUGUAUCUUGGGAACCAGGCCCAUUCCCGAACGGGCCACUUUUGUCGUAUGUCCUGCGUCUGCAAGGGGCUGACCACUCCCAGCUUAAGGAUAUUCCAGCGUCCGAGAACACAACGAGAGAUCACUACAUGUUUCGCAACCUCAAGUCCAAGCAGAAUUACACCGUCAGCGUGACCAUGAGAAAUGGGGUCGGCGAGGGUCCACCCGCGAUUAUUUGUAUAUCCACUACGCCAGAGCCUACUGUCAAGGACACGCAAAAGCCGAUUCUCAUUCUCGGCGGCAAGCACAUGGUCAUGAAGCAGGAUGCCGAAAUGAUGGACGAGCCCAGUAUCAUUUACCAGACCGCCGCCGAGAUCCGCGGUGUGGCGAUACACAUAGCGUCCUCUCAGCUAUUCGUGUCCACCUCAACGAGCUACGUAUAUCGAACUUCGAUCACCGAGCUGUCCGAGCCCGGGGUCAUCCUGAGUCCUGACCAAGUGAACUUUGAGCCGUUGAGCCUCUCCGUCGACUGGCUGAAUCACCACCUGUACGUUUUGGGACAGGUAAAUCACAGCAAGACGGUGUGGCAGAUAGCCAGGUGUAAUCUGGACGGGAGGGGAUUAACGGUAGCCGUGGCUGGAUUUGUGAACCGACCGUCGCACAUCGAGGUCGAUCCCUACAACGGAUAUCUUUUCUGGAUCAUCGAGGGAAAGAUGUAUCGACUGGAUCUGGCGGAUAUUAGCAACGGCGUGAAGCACGAGGUUAAGCCAUCCUUCAUCUACGGAGACUCGAAUAUGAACGUUUUCACCGUGGAUCACAUGAACUUUCGGCUGUUAGUGCCGAACCACACCCUCAACACCGUCAUGUCCAUGUCGCUGGAUGGUCGUGAGAGCGUCGAUAUUCGCGCGAAUAUCCAAAAGCCGCUGUUCAACCACGUUGUCUCCCUAGCUGUGGCGAAUAAGUUGUUUUAUUGGACUAACGGCCAAGAAGUGCUCACCGAAGUGUACCAUUCCGGUCAGAAUAGAUACUUUCACAACUCUUACAAGAGGUCGGACAUCAUCAGCGUGAACGUAUUGAUGAACGCGAGUCAGCCCGUCCCCAUUCCCGUGAAUCCUCCCACGGGAGUGCAGGCCGUCCUAGGAGCGGAAAGGGCCAAGGUUUCUUGGCAAGCGCCUCACCUGCUGGGCGGCCAGGGGAAAGGCGCCUGGCAGAAUUGGUCCUACGAGCUUGAGAUUAGGGAGGAAACGUCCAAUUACUCGUCCAGUCAAAUCAUACGUCAAAGAGACAUCGUCGGCUCAUCUCACACCGUCCACAAUCUGCGGGAGAGCUCGCAGUACUACAUCAGAGUGGCGGCCUAUACCAGCGCCGGUAGGGGGCCGUGGUCGACAGAGUUCCGUGGACGAACCCUGAGGAAUGGGUCGCGCACGAGCAUCCUGUGGUCGUCGAACGAAGGGUUGUUGAAGAGUGACGUAACCGGCGAGAAUAUCGACACGCUGAUCGACAAGACGAGCCUGAAGGAAUCCGGCAGCGAGUUUCACAUAGUCGACGUUAGUUGGUACAAGGACGUGUUGUACUUUGUGGGAAAUAAUACCGCGCUCUACCGUUAUAACGUCAGCAGCCACCAGAGAACGAAGCUGAUGAACUCGGUGGCCGGUAUCGCCGUGGAUUGGAUCUCGAAGAAGCUGUACUGGGCGUAUCCGAAGAAUCAAAUUAUCGUAAAAGCGAACCUGGACGGGACCCAUCAAGAUCCGAUGUCUAUUAUUACGACCGCGAAAGAGCUCACGAUCGACUCACUGGAGGCCUACCUGUAUUGGUCCACCGGCCAUGACGUGCAGGUGGUGCGGCUGAAUGAGCAGGAUAAGAGAUACUAUCACUCGGACGAAAUUUUCAACGGCAAACAAGUGAUGGGAUUAACGCUCGACUUCGAGAAUAGAUAUGUCUAUUGGAUUGUUCGCAGCUACGUAAGCGGAUCUAUCGUCUAUCGAGCACCCACGUCCGAACAAAUUCCGAUGAGUCAAAAGAUCGUCCCGGAAAAGGUAUCCGCUUUACAUGUUCCAAACUUGCAAGGACCUCUGUGCUAUUUCUCCGAACAUUUGCUGUGGCUGCAGGACGAGGUAAACGCGGUGAUCGGUGAUCUGUCGGGUCAGAAUACCGCCGUGAUCAACGGCAUCACUUUGUCCGGCCUGCACAUGGUGGCUGUGAUGGACCCGGCGUUUCAUCGAUACCCGAGAAAUUUGACUUCGGAGAAUAUAGUGGUGUCGCCGGACCCCGUCGACUUUGAUAGUAUAAGAGUGGAAGGGACCUGGAGAAACUUCAGCGUAUCCUGGGAUCCCGUGAAGAACGUCAAUUACGGCACGGUCUUUUACGAGGUCAAGUUCACGGAUCUCGCCAACAUGCAAUCGAGCCCGGAGAUCACGAUCGAUACGACGAUACCCUACAACAAUUCGGACCGCAUCGUGCCUUAUUCCCUGCUGGAGGUCAUCAUCAAACCGUUCACUUAUUGGGAAACGUCGUACCAAUCCCGAAAAAUCUUGAGGUCUCCUCAGAGCUGGCCGAGCGAGCCAACGUAUCCCAGGACGUACGUGGAAUUUUGCAAGAGAGUCCUCAGCGAGAACGUCGAUAUUUUUGCGACAUUCAGGUGGAGCAAGCCACAAUUUACAAACGGACUGAUACAAGGCUACACGGUCCAAAGUUGCUGGGAGGAGAUCGGAAACUGCAAGAACCACAGCGUAGCAGGCACAACAUUGGAGUUUACGGCGCAUGGACUGUUGCCCAAUACGACGUAUUACUUCCAAGUGCGAGCGCACACCGAGAUCGGUGCCGGUCCUUGGACGAACUUCACCAGCGUGUUGAUCGCGAGCGAAAACCCGGUGCCUCAGAUACUGGUCGCCACAAUGGACGCCGUGAAGCUCGCAGAUUUGGAUCAGAAGAUCAACUACACGAUCACCCGGCACAUCGCGAUCGAGGUGAGUUACUCGGUGCUGGAGAACAAGAUGUAUUGGAUCAACGACAUGCAGGAGCUGGUGACGUCGGAGAUGAACGGAGCCAACGCCACAAAGAUACUCGCCCUGAACAAUACCGCGCAGAGCCUCUGCAUCGAUUGGGUCGCGAAAAACCUAUACUGGUCCGAAUCUAGCGCCGAAAACGGCGGCCGCAUCAUGAAGCUCGACCUGACAAUGUGGCAAGUUGGCGUAGUCAAGUACGAGAACAUCGUGAGAAGAGGGAGAAACAUUCUCAAUCUGGAUAUACUGCCGUCUCGAGGAUCGCUGUACUGGGUCGAGUCAACGAAAAGUAGUCGGGGUACGAUAAUGCAGUCGGACCUCGACGGGAACAACGUGAUGCUCUUCUUCAGGAACACGGAGAGCGCCCUCGCGAAGGAGUGCUCCUGCCAGUACAGCCCGUCGGUGAAGCCCGUGAUGACGAUCGACAAGACCAGCCAGAAACCGAUGAUGUAUUGGAUGUCGUCGGAGGGAUACCUGAACGUGGCCGACAUUUACGGUUGUAUGUGCGACACGGUGCUGAACGCGAACUCGAGCAGCGGGACAUCCCUCACGGUCGACAAGAUGAAUGUUUACUGGUCCGACGCAGAGAACGAGCAGAUCUACUUAUUGAGCAAGAGCUACUUCUCGUCGGCGGCGAACAACAAGGCAAACGCGUCCGGAGGCGAGGAGCCGGGGGUGAAGAGCUUCCACCUGUCCAGCAUGCGCAGCAUCAAAGCCUUCGGCAAGUCCUUGCAGCCCUAUCCUGCCGCGAAUUGCCUGACACCGCGUCGAGUAGCCUACAGAAUCGAGAAGCUGGCGGAAACAGCGAGCAGCAUCUUCGUCAGGCUGCCGGAACCGAUCCCUGACCACGGCUGCGAGAGCUACAGUCUGCCUACCACGUUGUACACCAUCCACGUGUCCCAGUGCUUAGACAACGACUCCGACGACGACGACGGCGGCGGCGGCGGCGGCGGCGGCUGCGAGAGGCACGAGGUGCAGACGCACGAGCGGCAGUGCGAGAUCCGAGACUUGAAGCCGUUCACCGAAUAUAGACUGAAGUUGGCUCUGAGCAAUUACUACGGCAACCUUACGUCCGCUAACCUGGAGUUCGACUCGGGGGUGGUGUUCAGGACCGGGCCGGGGAAGCCCAGCGUGCCGGAGCACGUGACGGUCGAGGCGCUGACGCCGACCUUGGCGGCGGUAUAUUGGAUGCCGCCUAGGAUACUGAACUCCGCGGAGGUGAAUUACGAGGUGCACUGGAGAUCGGCCGACUUGGUGAACGGCUUGCGGCAAAAGGGCGAGCAGCUGAUCAAGGAGCUGAAGCGCACCGCGGACGGUAGGUUCUACGCGAUGCUGCGGUCAUUGCUGCCGGGCCGGGAGUACGCGGUGUACGUGCGCGUGUACUCCGUCCACUCCAACGAGUUCUACAAUCAGAGCGUGAAGAAGAACGUGCAGAUGUACCCGGAGCCUAGCAAUCUCACGCUCAGCGGGGUCAGCGUCAACAACCUGAACGUCUCUUGGAUCCCGAGCGUCAAUCUGACGGUCGGUUAUCUGCUGGAGUACAGAGACAUCGGGACGAAGCUCUGGCAAACCGCGAAUAACGCCGAGAUGGGGAACGAUAUGGUGACGUAUCACAUAGAAAACUUGCAGCCGCACACCUCGUAUAAGUUUCGCUUGGUGCUGAGGUAUCCCGUGUACAAGGAAGACUUUAUAUGGCCGCCCGGUGCCGACGGAGGAUUCACGUUCGAGACUCUCGGUGAUGUCCCGAGUGCUCCUGGAACACCAACGGUAGUGAUGCUUCGCAAUUCGCUGUAUCAAUUGAACUGGGAGCCUGCGCAAGCUCAUGGCUCGCCGGUCACUCUGUAUGUAGCGGAAGGUAUGAUCGUGGACGAUAGUUACAAGCAAGACAACAAGACCGACAUGAACGAACACUGGACUUUGUAUCACAACGGCACGGACAGUUAUUGGAUUAUUACCGGGAACAUGGAUCACAAGUAUCGAUUUCGCGUGCGAGCCCAAAAUGCCUACGGGUUCGGUGAUUGGAGCCGGCCGAGCGCAGUUGUGGACCUGACGGAAUCUGCCGGUGGGAUUUUGGCCGCUAAGCAGCAUUUAGGUUUGGCCUUGGGUCUCAGCGUGGUCGUCAUUACUUUAAUGCUGCUGUGCCUCUGCUACUUCAUCUGCCCAGUGUUUAAGCAACGCAAGGAAGACAAAAAAGCAGUUCUACCUCCGAUAGUGUCCGACGUGGAGUUAGCGACCCUUCGCGAAAUCCCACGCGGCAAUUUCGUCCAGUCCAACGCGCUCUACGCUUCUACGCUGCAGAACGACCCGGACGAUUCCGCGCUGCCGAAAAUCAGACGGGAGCAGAUCACGCUGGCAAAGUUCCUAGGGAGCGGCGCGUUCGGGAAGGUGUAUCAAGGAAAAGCCAAGGAUUUGGAGGGAUCGGGCGUUACGCCCGUCGCCAUUAAGACCUUACGAGAGGGCGCCUCGUCGCAAGAGAAAACGGAAUUCUUGCAGGAGGCCAGGUUGAUGAGCCACUUCCGACACAAGCACGUGCUGAGGCUACUGGGAGUUUGCCUGGACACGGACCCGCCGCUGCUCGUGCUGGAAUUGAUGGAGGCCGGUGACCUGCUGAGCUACUUGAGAGACAGCCGGUCCCUGCAACCCACAGACACGCACGCCCUACGUCUGCAAGACCUGCUCGCCAUGUGCGAGGACGUCGCGCGAGGCUGCCGCUACCUGGAAGAGCUGCAUUUCGUGCACAGAGACCUCGCGUGUCGCAAUUGCUUGGUGUCCGCGAGGGAUCGCGAGAACCGCGUCGUAAAGAUCGGCGACUUUGGGCUAGCCAGGGAUAUUUACAAGAAUGACUAUUAUCGCAAGGAAGGAGAAGGCUUACUUCCUGUUCGUUGGAUGCCUCCGGAAUCCCUCGUGGACGGAGUGUUCACCUCGCAGAGCGACGUUUGGGCGUUCGGGGUGUUGAUGUGGGAGAUCACGACGUUGGGUCAGCAGCCGUAUCCUGCCAUGACCAACUUCGAGGUGUUGCAUCACGUGAGCGCGGGUAACAGAUUGCCGAGACCGCUCAACUGUCCACCGGCCUUGCACCAGCUGAUGCUGCGCUGCUGGAGUGUAGCGGACGCCAGGCCGAGUUUCAAAGUUUGCCUCGACAAUAUCGUCGCUCUGCGAAGAGACACGGAAGACGCGGUGCUGAGCCCGGUUCACGCUGGACACGUGGCUCGCAGAGGAAACUCCUGGAGGUCCAGCAGUUCCGACGGCAGCAGGGACAUGCAGCCCUUCCUCCAGAACGCCAACAACGCCACGCAACUCAGCCCGCAUUCCGGCGAUAUUCCCAAGUACCUCGAGGUAUUGGCGGACAACGAAGCGGACAUCAUCCUGAGGAAGAGCCCCACGAGCGGCUACGAAGUGCCCCGCUCGAUUCACAUCUCGGAUCAGAACCUGGCGAAUAUAAGCAAAUUCAAUUGCGCGAGCCAGGAUCGCAAGUGUAGCCUGCCGUCGGAGAUCCCGCGAGAGCGCAAGCAACGCUCGAUGGAGGAACGGAAGCGGUCGGACGGGACGUUGUACGACAAGAGAUCGUCGAUCGCGAGCCUCAACUCCUCGUCCGAUCGAAGAGGAGCAUCAUCAGCCCUGUCGGAGAAGUCCGACACGCUGGACAGCGGCAGAUUGGCAAACUACCUCACCAGAACGACACUCAAGAGGGACUCCUUCUCGUCGCUGAACGAACAACGGAAAUACAUAACCAGCCUGAGCGAGCGAAGGGACUCUGAGGCGACGAGCCUCGACGGCAGGAGCUGCAGCUCGCUCAGCCUAGCGCCCUCCACCCGUCCCAGCUCGUCCUUGAUCAAUUCGCAAGCGACGGUGCUCCCCACGAAGAACAACGUCGGCGCGAACGGAGAAGUGCCGGCUUCGAACGCGGAGAACGCGGUGACGAAGAACGCGUUGCCGAGCAUCCAAAGGACUCCUCACUCGAACUUGCAAACCAGCAAGGCGAACAUACCCCUCGUGAUAAAUAGCGCGUUGUUGAAUCUGCUGAGGCAGAAGCCAGUGGUCGACGACAGCAACAACAUUGUCACGUACACGAAUAUCAAUGCGGCGGACGCCGUCCGGGUGAACGGAUCGUGAUGACUGUUUCUUCCAAGUCGCGACCGGAUCGGAGUCGUUUCAUCCUUUCUGUUCGGGUGAACCAUUCUUUAUCCUGGUUCUUUAUCCACGGUGUGUGAAGCGGUGAGACCGCUAGCUGGGCAGUUGAUAAUCAGUUCGCAGGAUCUGUUCGCCUGCAACAAGGACUACCGGAGUGAAGGACCCCGCGCGCGUUGCAUCCUGCGAAGCAAGCCUCGUACGCGUCGGGGAAAGCAAGCGGGGAAAGGAGCGGAGUCGGAAUAGCUUUAAACUGCCAUUGUAAUGUAUAUAUAUACAUUUUUAUACUCAACAAUUUGUCUGAAACACGCUCAUUAUACGCAGGCCAUUUCACGAAAAGUGCAGAUUUUACGGACUCUAUGUAUACAAUAGCAUAUAGAGGCAAAUUGUUAUUCCAUGUAGAAUUGAUAUGUUGAUGACAUGAGUGGUAGGCGUGAGGUAUAUAGUCUUACUUUGUAACCUUCUUGUUUUAAAUUUAAACAUAUUUAUUGUAUAUAACUCUUAUGUGUAGGUGCAGGUUUCCCUCUGCCACCGCGACGAGGUGCUAUUAAAGAUGAAAGAACAGCAUUGAAGCGCAUCGUGUGCAUCUUUAUAUCACACGUAUAUUAAUUUUCUGCAAUUUAAACAUCAUUUCUACGCAAAGUUUUAGACUUUGCGUAGAAUUAAUAUCGCGAGCCAGAGGAGCGAAUAUGUUCGGAUGUUUAUGUCGAGUAAUUGCAUAUAUAAGCCAGCCAUAAUGAUAUUACGUUGCGAUAACGAUAAUGCUUAUCAAAUAUUCAUUUCAUUUAAUAGUUGCGAAACUCUGCUCUGCGGCGGGUCUCUGAUAAUAUCUCGUCGCUGUGUGUGUGUGUGCGUGUGUGUGUGUGUGUGUGUGUGUGUGUGUGUGUGUGUGUGUGUGUGUGUUGUACAAAACGCCACAUUUGGUGAAAAUUAGCGAUUAAUAUUUCGAAUAUUCGAAAAUUCGAACGAAAUAACAUGAGAAAUUGUUAAGUUUUCGGAAUUUUAACGUAACGCAAAAGGUAGUUUUGCAACGGAAUACGAAAUGUGUACGUGUACGUACGAUACCGUCGAGGAAGUGAGUUCUUGAGAACGUACGGAAUCUUGAUUCUCUCUCAUAAAAUUUCUACGUCGGCUGAUUCAUCGGCUGAGGCAUCGUAUCCGGAAUGGUCUCAGGAUACAAAUUAAUUGGUGAAAUCUGUAUCACACUUAGACUAAACUCACAAAGGACCAUAUUGUACUUUUCAAGAUUACAUCUCCGCGAGUGCAUUAUUCCAAUAUUUCUCACGCAAUAUUUCUACGUUGCAUCAUUUUAUCCUUUCAUAAUUAUAAACUUCUCACGCGUAAGACGCGCGCAUAAAGUACACUCUUGUAUACACAAUCGCGAAAUUCUGUCGAUCGAUCGAUCGAUCCUGUGUAAAGCGUCGCGUCGCGUCGCGACGCUUUGCGCCAUUAUCUGCUGAAAGUUGAAGACGCGUGUCCUUCGGACGAGAAUACAUUGGACACGAGAGAUGAGAGAUGAGAGAUGAGAGCGAGAGCGAGAGUGAGAGUGACAAUGAGAAUACGAAUGAGACACUUUUCAGUCGUCGUGAAACGCACAAGUAGAGUAAACUGGAACUAGGAAGUCGCCAUAGUAAGCCAUGGCGAUCCUUAUGAUUUUCCGUUCGCCAGGCCGUAAGUUAAUCCUUCUUUUUGAUACGGAAAAAAAGUUGAUUAUACGAAUAAAGUUAUUUAAAGAUA